GUGGACGUACAAGAAAUUGACAACAACAUCAACAGCGGGACCUCGUCAUGGCUGCUGACAGUGACCCCGAGUCUGAGGUGUUUGAGAUCACCGACUUCACCACAGCGUCGGAGUGGGAACGGUUUGUGUCAAGAAUCGAGGAAGUGCUUAAUGACUGGAAGCUGAUUGGUAAUUCUGCAGGACAGUUGCCCGUAGAAAAGGGUGAAUACAACAGAUGCUCCUGGGGCGAGAAAGCUCAAGAAAUAAAUUUUGCUGACUUUAAGUUCUUAAUAACUCACUACUUCCUGAUACAAGAACAGGAGACCAACGAUGAGAAGGACAAGCAUGAGGAAGAUGCCUUCCCCUUGGCAAUGCAGGACCUUCUGUGUAUGAACAAUGAUUUCCCUCCUCGAGCCCACUGUCUGGUCAGAUGGUAUGGUGUACGAGAAUUUGUGGUCAUCACCCCUGGAACUAACUGUGAGGCCAUUAUCAGCGAGUCAAAAUGCAAUCUGCUCCACAGCUCCAUCUCCAUUUCUCUGGCCAACAGUGGCUGCCAGGUCCCAGUAUUUGUUCAGAUCCAGCAGAAGUGGAGGAAGAUGUAUGCUGGCGAGUGUCAGGGACCAGGUGUGCGCACUGACUUUGAGAUGGUCCACCUCCGGAAGGUGCCGAGUCAGUACAACCACCUGUCUGGCCUGCUUGACAUCUUCAAGUCUAAGAUAGGUUGUAACCUGUCACCUCAACCACCGGUCAACAUCGCAAUCCGUUUUACCUACAUUCUCCAGGAUUGGCAGCAGCAUUCGUGGCCACAGCAGCCUCCAGACUUUGACACACUUCUUGGCAGUGAAGUGGGAGGAGUGGAGUUUGGGAAGCUUCCCUUUGGAGCCUGUGAGGAGCCGAUCAGUGAACUUCAUCUUGCAACCACUUGGCCUCACCUGACAGAGGGCAUAGUCGUGGACAACGAAGUCUACAGUGACCUUGACCCCGUCCAAGCUCCUCACUGGUCAGUCCGAGUCAGGACGGCAGAAAACCCUCAGUGUUUGCUGGGUGACUUACUAACUGAGUUCUUGAAGCUUGGUGGUAGGAAAGAAACAACAGAAGAAGUUCUUGGAAGACGGAUGGUUGAAGACGAUGGAAAAGAAAACAAUGACAUCAGCUCUGCAUUAUCAAAGCUAACAGAGCCGACAGCAACGGUGCCAAUCUCUAAACUGUCCGUCUCCAAUAUGGUGCACAGCGCCCGAAAACACAUCAGGCGCCACAGGCGCAAUGAUGAGUCGCCCCUCAACACUGAAGUAUUAAAUUCUGUCCUUCUGUAUCUCUUUCCUGACGCUGCGGUGGAGAAGUCGUCAGACAACAGCAAGAACAAAGCUGCAAAGACAAACUCUUGUGGGAAAGUGGACCAAGAUAAAAACUCUGACUAUAACCUUUUCCUCCAGCUGAAGUCAGCGCCCAGUGACAGUCUGACCUUCCGCCUGGCACUGUGUGUUUGUCUGGUGAACUAUAAUCACGGUGGACUGCGGGCCGUCGCCCACCUCUGGCAGGAGUUUGUGCUAGAGUUGCGUUACCGCUGGGAAAACAACUACCUAAUUUAUGGCCUGACUGGAGGAUCCCCUGACCUUCGCUGUUGUCUUUUACAUCAGAAGCUCCAGAUGCUGAACUGCUGCAUUGAGAGGAGGAGGGCCAGGGAUGAAGCUCGCAAGCUGCAAGACGAUAACAAAGAGAGAGAGCGCAAAGUGUCAGGCGGCGGCCCGAACAGCAGCCAGAGACCGGAGUCCGCGACCUUAACGGCGACAGCAGCUGGCUCGACGAAGGAGGUGUCCCCGGGAAAGUCCUGGGACUCGUGGAGCGACAGCGAGGAGGAGUUCUUUGAGUGCCUCAGUGAUCAGGGGGAGGCCGAAGCUCAGCAUAACGACGGCGAAAAGAACGGAAGUAAAAACAAAGCUGAGGGCAGACUGCACCCUUUUAACAGCAUGACUCUACUCAACUCGUCAGAACCUCUCUAUGUUCCCGUUACACAGGAACCUGCUCCGAUGACAGAGGAUCUGUUGGAAGAGCAGUCAGAGGUUCUGGCCAAACUGGGCACAUCAGCUGAAGGUACACACCUGCGUGCACGGAUGCAGAGUGCCUGUCUACUCUCUGACAUGGAGUCCUUUAAGGCGGCCAACCCGGGCUGUGUUCUGGAGGACUUUGUGCGCUGGUAUUCGCCCCGGGAUUAUGUAGAGGAGGAGGUGGCGGAUGAGAAGGGUGACAUGGUAGUGAAGGGCAGUCUUAGUCCCAGGAUGAAGAUCCCAGGCAACAUGUGGGUGGAAGCGUGGGACACGGCCAGAGUGAUACCUGUACGUCGCCAGAGAAGACUCUUUGAUGACACUAAGGAGGCUGAGAAGGUGCUGCAUUAUUUGGCGUUGCAGAAGCCUGCAGAUCUGACCCGCCAUCUCCUGCCGUGCAUAAUUCAUGCUGCUAUUCUGAAGUUAAAAGAGGAGGAGUUGGUAGAAGAUAUUCCGUCGGUCAAGAAAAGCAUUCAGCAGGCGAUAUCUCAAGCCUGUAAGCUGCUUCACCCCUACAACCAAGACAGCAAGAAGUUGGAGAGUUGGUCGCGCAUUAACCAGAGGUCCGUGCUUCAUCCCCGUGAUUUCAUCAACCAGCUGAUAUCCAUGGAGAUAGCCAUCACCCGAGCUCGCUCACUCAAGGCCAAGUUUGCUGUCAAUGACGCCGAGAAAGGAGAGGACAGGGAGGAAUUGGAGAAGUUUGUGGGCUCACUGUUGGAGGAACCAGAGGUCGUAGUCAUAGGAGCAGGUCAGGGCCCGGCUGGCAGCAUCAUUCACAGGCUGUUUGUCAACGCUCAGAGGCUGACUGACUUCACCAGUGAUGAGGCUGCCCUACUAUCACCACUGGACGAAGACUUAGGCAGUGACAGGAAAUCGACAGGAGGAAGCAACAAAGUGCCUGACUUCCCGUCUCCGGCAGGCCGGGAGAUUCUUUUGCGAACGUGCGUCCCUCGGCCGGCGCCGUACUCCAAACCUCUGCCACAGCGUCUCUUCUGUGUACUGAUGAAGGAGGAGUUCAGGCUAGCGGGGGCUUUCUCUUUGGACACCUCCUUCUUCUAAUAUCACACGUUUACACAGUAUUUAAUCUUACAAACCACGUUCCAUUUGCUAAAUAAAAGUUGCACCAGAAGCAGAGGAUCAUGUAGGGGCUACGCGGUCACAGAUUCAUAGGCUUAUUUUCUGUAUAGGAAAACACUUUCACUGCUCUGAAUCUUGAGCUCAACAGAAUUGAUGUCAACUUGUGGCUGCAGAGGGCGCUGCUGCUCAACCAGAGGUACAUAGUGCCACUUUAAAAUGAUUCUCAAUUGUAGUUAAUGAAAAUGUUUUUGUGGUUUCCUUUAUGUAAGAUUUAAAAUAUAUUAUUGACAACAUGUAAAGUAAUACCAUAAAAUCAGGUCGAUGUGUUCAAGUCCGUAAUAUUUUAAUUCAUUGAUUCAACUCAACUGAAACAGUUGCUGAUCCCUAAAAACAAGAGAGCGUUUGCAUAAAUAAUUAUUGUUAAUAUAUAAGUUAAAGAUGCUCAAAAAUGAAAUUGUGUAACUCGUAUGUACUUAAUCGCAGCAGCGGCCAGCCUCAUUACUCAACAGUUUGCAUUCAUUUCACUUCAUUUCUGUGAAAUUUACUUACUUUUGUCAUGUUAAAAAAUUGUAUGAGUACUGAUGUGACAAGUGAUCUGUAAUGGGUGCGCGGCAAAUGUCAAAUGUGGGUCCAAAAUGUAUGUAAUGUAAUAAAUGCUGUUAUCCUGUCUCAA